AUUACACACAUCAUGCACUUCUAGCUUAUUAUUUUUAUACGAACGACUGUGUAAUCUCGCCGCGAUAUCGGGACGGGACAUGGUUAGCACAAAAAAGCUUCUUGCCUUCUUAUUCAAAAUCAAUUAGAAUACAUCAUUCGAUUUUUAGAGCACUAACUUUGUAAGAAUUUCAAUAAAAUCAUGAACAAUCCAGUAACAGGAUCGGGAGAAAAGUUAUCUGAUGGGUAUCACCGAUAUGAGCUGAAUAAAACUACAUGGGAGGUGCCGGUUCAGUACCAAAAACUCUCAGCAGUGGGAGCUGGUGCGUAUGGAUCCGUGAGCUCAUCCUUAAACACAAAAACUGGCAUAAAGAUUGCUAUCAAGAAGCUUUCUCGACCAUUUCAGUCUGCAAUUCAUGCAAAGAGAACAUACCGAGAGCUUCGACUUCUACAGCAUAUGGAUCAUGAAAACAUCAUCAGUCUACUUGAUGUCUUUUGUAGAGGAGAUACCUUAGCAACCUUUCGGGAUGUGUACAUGGUGACGCAUUUGAUGGGUGCAGACCUAAAUAGCAUCACAAAAACGCAAAAACUCUCUGAUGAGCAUGUCCAAUUCCUUGUAUAUCAAAUACUUCGUGGGCUCAAGUACAUUCAUUCAGUUGGUGUUAUCCAUCGUGAUCUCAAGCCCAGUAACUUGGCUGUCAAUGAAGACUGUGAAUUAAGGAUACUUGAUUUUGGCCUCGCUCGUCAAGCUGAUGAUGAGAUGACAGGUUAUGUAGCUACACGAUGGUAUAGAGCUCCAGAAAUCAUGCUGAAUUGGAUGCAUUACACCAAUACUGUGGAUAUGUGGUCUGUUGGAUGUAUAAUGGCAGAACUUCUCACAGGUAAAACACUGUUUCCUGGAUCGGAUCACAUUGAUCAGUUGAGCCGCAUCAUGGAUCUAACUGGUACACCUGAUGAUGAAAUCCUUGCCAAAAUCCAGAGUGAAGAUGCACGGAACUUUGUUAAGUCUCAACCGAAAACAAAGAAAAAAGAUUUCCGUGGAUAUUUUGCUGGAGCAAAUGAAAUUGCUGUUGACCUUCUUGAGAAAAUGCUUCUGUUGGAUGUGGACAAGCGUAUCACUGCAGAAGAGGCACUGAGCCAUCCAUAUGUUGCCAAAUAUCAUGAUGAAACUGAUGAGCCUAUUGGUAAGCAGUUUGAUGAUUCCUUUGAACAGCAAGACUUGACUGUGCAGCAGUGGAAAGAGCUUACUUUUCAGCUGAUUCAAGGAGUAAGACAACAAAGCAGAAGGUAAUUAGCUCAGCUUUGGCGCCAAGGCUUGGAGAUUGGAGGGCUUUACAAUUACAACAGUGUCAACAAAAACAAGUUGCUGUUCAGGGUAUCUGGGCAAAACAUGAUGUUAUCGAUGUUGGCAUACAAAAUAAAUUAGUGUUGAAUACAAAUUUGAAUAGGCAAUUUUGUUUGUUCAUUCAAAUCUUGCUUGAUUUAAUAUUUUCAUGUUCCGACAACUCAGCCUAUUUUCCGACAUCCCUACAGAUGUUCCGACACCCCUAUAUUUCGACACCAUUGUGUUCCGACACCCCUAUGUUCCGACAAGUUAUUUUCACACUAUAUUACUCUGAACAAAAACACAACUUCUAUUCAGGAUUCCCGGCGAAUUUUGGCCGAGAAUAUUAGUUUGAACAUUCAUACAUUAAAGUUGAAUAAAAAAAUCCAACUCUUCCCUGCAUUGCACCGUGUAAUUGUGUAAUUUCUUUCUUUUGCCCCCCCCCCCCCAAAAGGUUAAGUGUUCGUAAAAAA